CAAUCAACACAACGACCAGCAAACUCCGCAUUAUACUCGACCGUCCUUGCCCAAGCCCUCAAAGACGAUGCUACUUUAAGAAAAGAGGCCAAUCAGCCAACGACGUCUCAGCAACCUGAGCGUGUUUGUAGCCCUCGCAUCCCCGUGCGUUGACUCUGUCGUCACGCUCCGGGGCUUGCACGAGACCGACUGAGUACUGCAUCGUCGACGACAGCGACAUCGACGUCGACAGGGACGCAGCCAUCCGCUCUUGGCACCACUCGAAGAAGCUCGCCAGCAUGGAACCUCCAGCCCGCCACGACCAGGCACGGGCACCGAUACGCAGCACCCAGGCCUCAUUCACCACUGCUCCUGCCUCGCCCGACCACCAUCAAGACAUGUCGCCCUAUACCACCAUGGCUCAUGUGGCCUUUGCCCCGGCUACCCAGCAGACGGUUGUCACGACCACCACAACUACUACUGUCACUCUCCCACCUCUCUUGAUCCGCCCGCCCAGAGACAUGCUCAGCCGCGACCCCAAGCAAUACCCUUUGGCAUCUACUCCCACUCCGUCAUCUCUACAACGCUUCUCGCUCGACGUCGGGGGUACUCCGAUUGUCUACCAAGAGGCUGAGAACGCUCAGUCUUCCCUUGACAAGUACAAGCUGCAGCAAGCCCAACUGCAACAAUCCAACGGCCUUAUUCGCAGCCAGAAGGCCUCUUCGCAGACAUAUCACACACCCACCAGAGCUCACGACUCUCGACCACCACCACCUAAAAGACCUGCUUCGCCGCCCAGCCUCGCCGAAGCCGCAGAGCUCGCCAGUCUUCAUCGUCGUAGAAGACAUCCUCGUUCGCUCCUGUCACGAACCCGCUCUGGCAUCACAUAUCCACUCUCUACCGACCAGCAACCUUCUGCCUCAGAACCGACUUCCUCUCUAAACCGCCCUCUGCCCGUCACUCCUGAUACUGACGCUGCCCUCGGAAACGACCGUGAACAGCAGCGAUUGACGUCCUUGACACAGAAAGCUCGUGAAUGGCAAGAACAACAUGCAAAGCAAAAGGCUACACAGGCUGGCCCAAGCCACUCGUUCGACAGAGAUGCUGCCACUGCAACUCCUCCAGUUGCCGAGGGCGAUCUCGAACCCGUCGAAAACCCAUACCCUCGUCUUGAGCAGCCCAGACCCUUGCCUGCCAGUCUACUCGGCGGUUCACAGCAAGAUGCCAGCCUCCCAAGCCCCAGUCUUUCCCCUGUCACAGCCGCUGCCAACCUAGCUCGCAGCCAUCAGCUUCUUCUAUCUACUCGUGACGCCGACGACGAAAACGCUAGUCAGGUUUCUAGGCUGGAUCUUGAGGACAGUAUGAUGACCGAUCAACCCGAUGCCCCUGCUAGUUCCAGUGAGGCCACUGUUCAGUCUCACACCCACCCAAAUCAGGCCAAUCCGCCUCCAUUAACGCUCAUGGACGUCCCCACAAUGAUCGACGCAUACGAUGCUUUACCCGAGGAUAUGCAGUCCUACUUGUUGUAUCAAAUGCUCAGACGCUCAACCAAGAAGACACUACGAACCGUUGCUUCGCUUGUCAACCCUGCGCUGAAGUGCGAUCCCUUUGACGUACUUCCAGUAGAGUUAGGUUUGCAGAUCACAAAAUUCUUGGAUGUCAAGAGUCUCUGCCGUGCAGCUCAGGUGUCAAAAAAGUGGAGACACCUGAUUGACUCGGAUGAAAGAGCAUGGAAAGAACUCCUUGACAGAGACGGCUUCAACUUGCCUGACGGCGAAGUGGAGCGCGCAGUACGUGAAGGAUGGGCAUGGCAGGCUCCCUCUAUGGACGGAUAUGAAGAGGACCUCGGUCAGUCAAGGUCGACCCGCUCGGUCUCUAGAGUCGUCGAGCUGGAGCCAAUGAGUCCACUGGGCGCACCUUCAGUCAGCAGCGACGAUGCGGGUUCUUCUGCAUCACUGCGUAUCACAAGAACCAAGAGAAAGGCCACCGGCAGCACUGGCAGUCACAAGAGACAAAAGCGGAAGGUAUCCAGACGCCAAGACGAAGCCCCUCUUUGGCUGCGCGACUUCCAGACAGCACAAGGUCCCAUGGCUUACGCAAGCGCUGCCGCCAAAGCAGUGCCAAACCCAAACGUCGGUCUUCCAAGUCUAGCAAACCUGCAUCUUUUCAAGUCCAUCUACCAAAGGCAUUACAUGAUUGCGAAGAGCUGGAUGGAUUCUGAGGCAAAGCCGCGCCAUCUGGCCUUCCGCGCCCAUCAUCGUCAUGUCGUCACCUGCUUACUGUUCGACUCGGACAAGAUUCUGACCGGUAGUGACGACACAAACAUCAACGUCUACGACACUCGAACCGGUGUGUUGCGAAGAAAGCUCGAAGGACACGAAGGUGGCGUAUGGGCACUGCAGUACGAGGGCGACACACUGGUGUCCGGCUCGACUGAUCGCUCCGUUCGUAUUUGGGACAUUCCUUCUGGCAAGUGUCUGCAGACUUUCCAGGGCCACACCUCUACCGUUCGCUGUCUUGUCAUCUUGAAGCCUGUCAAGAUUGGUACUGCUGCCGAUGGCUCUCCCAUCAUGAUGCCAAAGGAGCCCUUGAUCAUCACCGGUUCGCGUGACUCGACCCUCAGAGUCUGGAAGCUUCCUCGUCCCGAUGACCCACAGAUUCAUCAAGCCGGCCCUCCAGCAAAUGACAGUGAUAAUCCUUACUCAUUGCGUGUUCUUACAGGUCACCAUAACUCGGUACGUGCUAUUGCAGCGCAUGGUGACACCCUUGUCAGCGGAUCAUACGACUGCACUGUCCGAGUGUGGAAAAUUUCUACUGGCGACAUGGUGCACCGUCUCACAGGACAUUCACAAAAGGUCUACAGUGUGGUUCUUGAUCAUGAAAGAGGAAGAUGCAUCUCUGGAUCAAUGGACAACCUCGUCAAGGUGUGGUCCCUCGAGACUGGAAACUGCCUAUUCAACCUCGACGGGCACACGUCUCUUGUAGGUCUUCUGGAUCUCAGCCAUGGACGUCUGGUCAGCGCUGCCGCAGACAGCACUCUUCGCAUUUGGGACCCAGAUAACGGAGCCUGCCAGUCCAUCUUGUCGGCGCACACUGGAGCAAUCACGUGCUUCCAGCAUGACGAUCAGAAGGUCAUCAGCGGGUCAGACCGCACGCUCAAGAUGUGGAACAUCGAGACGGGUGAGUGCCUGCGCGACCUGCUCUCGGACCUGAGUGGAGUUUGGCAAGUUCGAUUCGACGAGAGAAGAUGUGUCGCCGCGGUGCAAAGGAAUAACCUUACUUACAUCGAGGUGCUCGAUUUCGGCGCAGCUCGAGACGGUAUACCCGAAAACAAGCGAGGCCACCGAAUCGUGGUCGACCCUCGUGGACGCGAAAUCGAAGAUGUCGAAGCACAAGCAGAAACUGCAGCAGGACCGGCGGCAGGAGGGCAGUAAAGACGACGAAAAUUGACGAUUACGGAUUACGACAUGGUGUGGGCAACAAGACAUUGGUUUCAGCGAAGGACGGAAAUGCAUUGAGGAAAAGGGAACAGAAGAAACGGAUCACGGAUACCCGAGCACAUGAGCAUAAGUAAUGCACUCUUAGCUGCUCAUACUUUUAUCAAUCUCCUUUGUAUUGGCUGGCGUAGGUUCACUGAGGCGUUAGAAAUGGGCAGGGUUUGGUGUUGGCGGAGGUCCAAUAUUGUCAUUUGCUAUCUCAGAAGAGUGAAGAUGAAGGUUAUUACAAAGCAUAGAUAGCUAGCUAUUUGACAUGAGAAGCAUGAAUCACUUCUUGAACUUUGUGUCUCAUGUGCCAGGAAGACGUUGAUGUGCAAGGCUUCUCAACUCCCUGUCGGUGAAGUUUGUCACUGAUAAUCGUGUGUAAAAAAGUACAAAGAUUCUC